AUGCUGUCACUGAACCGAUUGGUGAGUACAAAACGAGCGAAAACUAUCAUUGUUGUUAUUAUUUUAAUUUGUAAGCGUUUGGAAAACGCGCGCGUUCCGCGUCCCCGUGCGGCGGCUGCCGCAGCCGUGCGACAUGCCCGCGUGAACCGCGGUGCGGAUUUUCCGGAACACGCCGCCGUUGACGACGGUUGGCUGAAUCGGCGGUUAGCGCGAUAUGUGAGCCGGUCGAACGACCGCGGUAACCGCGUACACCGGGGCGCGCACAGAACGUCUAGUACCGCGCGCGCGCGUAUAAUCGCGUUUCACGACAAUCGCUCGGUUGUAUAAAAGGUUAUAGAAGGCGUUAUUAUUCUCGGCCGAGCCGCGUUUUCCGUUACCGUUUUUGUUCCGCUCGGCUUUCUUUCUUUUUUUUUUUAUUCGUAUUCCGCAAUACACCCGCGUGUUACGAAAUUCACGCGCAUUUCGUAACGCGACCGCGUUUAAAACCGUGUUUCGAUACGGCGGCCGGCCGACGCGGGGGCAUAGCAGUGUGAAGGGUGGUUUUUUUUCUAAAGUUUUUUAUCGUCGCGGCCGCUUCCCCCUUUCACACGACCCAACCCCUUGGCCCUCCUAGCCCGCUGGAAUAUUUCGAUACGCUGUCUUCGCCGUGCGCAUUGCGACCGUGCAUUAUGAUCUACAAGAAUAAUUAUUGUUUUACGACGGCAGGGGCGAUAUUUUGUAACCGCGCGCGGUACCUGUUGCGCAAAACACCGUGCAAUAAUAAUAAUGCGCGCACGCCACCGGGACGCGGACGGGAACCGUCGUCGCCGCCGCCGGGCAUUGUUUCUUCCCCUUUUUCGCGCUCGCCGACCUACCCCAGUGCCCGCGCGCGCCGCAGCGCCGACUAUUUGUGGACGUAGAGAAAAAAAAAAAAAAUGUUUAAGAAAAUCCCCCUCCGCGACACGAACGGGCUUUACGAGCGCGCCCCGUCGGCCGUACGCGCGAGUCACGUCGCGCGGCCGCGGCCGACGGCUCAGUGAAAGUGAUCGGCCGCUACCGCCGCCGCCGCCUCUGUCAAAGCGCUGCCUGUUGUGUGCGCUCGCGCACGUAUUCGUACGUUUGUGUGCGCGCGUGCACGAGUAUUCGUACGCGUGUGUGUGCGCGUGUACGCACCGUAUGCGUACGCGUGUGUACGGCCGCGCGUGCAUUUGUGUGCGGUUACGACACGGGCGCGCGCGCGUACGCGUGUUCUGCGCGGCGGCCGGUGACCUACUUUUGUUACGGACCCGCCGCCGCCGCCGCCGCCGCAGCGCCGAGUGAGCGACUUGACGUCGGCCUGUCAAGUCGCGGAGCGCCGCUGUGUGUCCGGAGCGCGGACGGCCCGCGCGAGUCCGACGCGCGAACGUUAAACGUAGAAUAGAGCGAAAAAAAAAAAUUUCAAAUGGUUACUCGAGAGACGCAGCAGCAACGGCAGCAGCAGUAAGUCGUUCUUUUUCGCAAUUGAUAUUACUAUUGUUAUAUUUUGUUUUGACUGUUAUGAACAUGUACGUAGAUAUUUUUGUUUUAUUUUUUGAAAAUUUCAAAAAUCGUCGAAACCCCCGUUUUCGCGUCGCAGACGAUAAGUAUAUUACCCGUGACAUUAUUUAAGAAACUUGUGUUUUUAUCGAUAAUUUUCCCGCCAGAGCGUGAAAGUGGAGAUUCCCUUUGUGAGGCACACACACACUCGGGCGGGUGUCUCGGCCUCGAUUACGGUAUAUAGGUCAUCGCGGAGGAGCGGGUCGUCCGUCAAGGUCGUCCGGUCCCUUUGCGUAAAAGGGCCGACGCCGCGGGAAAGGGUACGACACGACCAUAGUAUAUGGUAUUAUUAAGUAGGUCAGACCAAAAGACGCACGCGCAGGGCCGAAGGCCUACGGGGAUUUUUUUUUUUUUCUUAUAGAUUCUAAGCGAAACGAAAAUGGUGAUACUAUGGUGCGGAUUCUGUUUGGGUCUGAGCACACCUUAUUUACCGAGCGAUCAAGAUCCAAUCGAAAAAUGUACAGGACAACUUUCUCGUAGCAUUUUUAUUCUAGUUGGAGCGUUGGGGGUGGUCAUUUUUGGAUUUCCCUCGUACCUAGUUUUCUAAACAAACGGAAAAAAUUGGUAGUCUCGUUUACAAUCAUUGUCGAUUUCCGGGUUACCUUGGCAAAACACGAGAAAAAGUACGACUGAUAACACUUUGCUCAGAAUCGUUUUCCGUUAACAUUGGUUUAUCGUUGCGUACAGACAUAAAUCGAAUUACUCUAUACAUAUUCUUUAUUUUUCAACUUCCCGCCUAAAACGUUGGCGCACACGCAUCAGCAGCAUCAGCCGUUUUUUUUUUUCUUUCCAAAGUUUUCCCCUCAAAUUCGAUUAUAUUGUCCGUUUUUCCACGCGUCCCGCGUACGUACAAAAAAAUUGUCGGCCACUAUGCACGCCCGAAUAGGCGAGCACAAUAAAUAGCGAAUUCGGAAAUCCAACCCGGAAACGGUCGCGUGUAUAAGAAUUAUAAUUUACCGCGUAAUUAUAAUUAUUAUAUUAUUACGCGUACGCGAGAUUUAUUUUUUCUGCUAGUUCGAUGACCCACGCCGCGUUGUAUUCGUUGACGUCGUUAUCGAAUGUAUUUAUAUAUUGUAAUAUUAAAUUGUCCUCGUGUGUCGCUAUGAUAAUAUAAACUUUCACGAUGGAAAAUCGGCGCGGUUGAUAAAAAUACACCUAUAUAUACACCUUACGCGCAAACGAUGUUUAGUCAUUAUAUCAAUUCACUGACAGCGAACAGUAAAAUAAAACGGUUUUCAAAAAAACACUAGUCUGACCUGAACUAGAUCGAUGAUGAUGAAUAUUGCGGGGAAAAACGGUGCGGCGGUUCAUUUACGUAUACUUGACGUUAGUAUCGAUUUUCGAGCAAACAUAAACCAAUAUAAACUGAAGUGAGACGUUUCCAAAAAUAACUAUAAAAGCUCUGAACGUUUUAACAAUAUUGCCUAUAGGCUACAAGUACCUACUUUAAUAGGUCGUCACGCAGUAGCAUUUGCCGUUUUUGUCCUUCUCUAAACGGUAUGUAUAACGCAAAUGUGUUAACAUGUAAAACAAAUGAAUUAAAGACCUUUAAAAUCGGUUUUAGCCCCAUUGAAACACCCAUUGUGAAAUGUGUAGAUGACGAUAUUCCAAAAAAAAAACUUUGUCGGCCUUUUAACAUUUUCUAAAUAUUCAAUCUCUGUUAUCGGUUAUUGAAGUUUUGUUUUCAAAAGACUUGUACAUAUUUAAACAAUUAAUCAAAAAAAAAAAAAAAAAACGGACAUACUUCGCACGAUGGGUGGACCACUGUUGUAAGUGAAAAGUUGAGUAGAUAGGAUAUAAAGGGGAAUUAAAUUUAUAUCUAUACUCAACGAUGUACCAUUGCUAACAAAAUACGAUUCGGAGCCAAGUUUCCAAGUUUUCCUACGUUAUUUCCCGGUUUUUCCCGAAUUAUCAUGAAAAUCGAUUGGAUAAUAACUGUCUUAAACCCAGAUUUAAUUUCCUUUCAAAAAAUGUGCUACACUUGAAAAUCUGGACAAGAUUUCUCGUAAAAAAGUUAUUCACAGAUAAAAAAAACCAAUACAACCAAAAUUAUUAAUAACAAUCAUUAUUAUAAACCAAUACAUUCGUCGCUUCGCUUAGAAUCUAAAAUUCGUCGAUGAUAACCAUCUUCGAAAUGAUCUCGUCUACCACGUGUCGUUUUAUCUCUAAACUCAAUUUUCAAGACUUUUUCGAUUGUUUUACGCGGAUACAUUUUCGUUUCACUAUCCGGUGUAUAAAUGAAGACAACUGGAAAUGAUCACUGUGGCGGCCUCUUAAGGACCGUGCAAAUUUGUUUUCUGAUUGUGGUGCGUAGACAGCUACUGAAAACGAUAUGUUACGAAAAACAGUGUCAACGCACAGUGUAUAUCUAUAGAAACAUAAUACAUUAAUGUGACAUUUAUAGGUUAAAUUUUUAACACUUUUAACGUACUUGCAGAUGCUUAAAAUAUUAUAUAAUUACGCGUAAUAUUAUGUUGAAAUCAUCUAGACAUUCAUAUCGUCUACAUAUUAAGUAGGUAUGUUAUUACUUCAGUUGUAUUCAGAGUAUAGUAUAGUAUAUAGGUAUUGGAGUGUCGUAAAUAAUUGUUCGUGUGUUUUUUUUUUUUUUAUUAUUAUUAUUUCUUCGUGUUGAUUGCGCGUUUAAUAAUACUCAAUAAAAAUUAACCGUCACACGCCCGGUAAUUAUUAUUCGCAUAUAUUAAUAUUAUUAUAAUAAUACAAUUAUACCAAUUGCAUUAUUAGUUAUAAAUACCUACUGCAAUGCGUGCAGUCCCAUUAUGACCGUACACAGGGUGUCCCGCGAAGUGCGAAGAUAUAUACCCAUUGAAAUAUCCCCCCGAGAUAAUAAAGAUAAUUAAAUUAUGUUAAAAAUAUUUUAUAAUACUCUCGCAGGGAUAUGGACUACAAAUAUUUAUAUUUCAAUUAAACUUUUAUGUUUUGGUAAAAAAAACUAAAAAAAUAUUUUUUUUAUUUUAUGGAAUUUAUUCUUGUGAAAGUUUUGAAUUUCAACUUUUUAUUUUCGUUAAAUGGGUGAUUUCUAAUAAUUGUGUGAAUUUCCGAGAAAAGUACCGAUAAUUAUGUAGCAGACUGUACCUAAUCGCAUUCUCUUAUCGAUUACUAUUAUUAUUACUAUGACUAAUUUACUAUAUAUUUUUUUUCUCGUAACUUUAAAAAAUUAUUAAAAAUCAAGAAUUUAAUGAAAAUAAGAAGUAGAUAUAAGUCAACAUUUUAAAAAGAAUUUUAAAUUCUGUGAAAUGGCAUUCUUUACCUUUAUCUUUAUCUUUUUACCAAAACAUGAAAAAUUAAUUUAAACAUAAAUAUUUGUAGUUCUUAUCCCUGUGAGUAAUAUAAAAAAAAAAAAAAAAAAUAGAAUUUGAUUGUCUUUAUUAUCUCCGGAGGUAUUACAAUGGGUAUAUCUUCGUGAGACACUGUAUAAUAUAUAUAGUUCGUUCACGUCGUAGGUAAAACGUUUUAUAAAUGAAAAAAAAACCGACCGCAUAACAAACGACAUCCAAAGAAAUAUUAUUAUAAUAUCGCGUUGUGACAUAUUCCCGAAAUGUUAAUGAAAUCGGCUGUAGAUUUCCAAAUUUACAUUUUUUUUUUUUUUUUCGAUAGGUACGUGACAUAAAAAUGCAAGCGCAUAGAAAUACUGAAUAUCUGCACAAAGAACAAUUUGAAUAUUAUUAUUACUUUCAAUGGUUACAACAUAAUAUUAUAUAUGCAUACAGAUAUACAGUAUAUUACACUCAAAUGGUUACACGAAAUAUUUCAUCCGGAUGGACUUUAGACCAAAAUGGAGUAUUUUUAUGAAAAUCGGUGAUUCCAAAAUACACGUCCUAACUUAGAACUUCUAAGCCUAUUUUUUUAAAUUUCAACCCUUGUGGUGCAUAGACAAUUUGCUUUCUCUUACAUGGAAACACUUAUGUUUUUCAAGCAGCUAAUACAUAAAACGCAAUAGGUACUUCAAAAAUGAUAAAAAUGAAUUACUGUUUCAAGAGGGAAAAAAUAAAAAAAAGCUUAAAGAUAAUAUCAUGAAUUUUACAUUUUUGUGAAAAACAGAGAUUAAAAUUUGUUUAAUCAACUUUUGAGAUGGAAAAAAUUGUAUUAAUUAAAGUAUUCCUUGCAUAAAACAAAUCUGCGCUUUUCGAAUCUGGUAUGUUAAAAACAGAUUUUUCUGUUAAAUAAAGUAUAAGGUAUCGCACAUGCGCAACGGUUAUACAAUUCUGAAAAUACACUCAAAACGUGCGUUUUGAAAACCCCCGAUAUUCCUUAAAAAAAAAAAAAAAUAUUCGAUCCAAGUUCACUCGCUUAAAACAUUACGUAUUGCCAUUUUAUAGUGAAACAGGCUCGUGCAAUAUGGAAGCUUCUCGGUUUUUGUUUAUUUCAAAGCUAGGUGUACAUAUAUAUACAUGUAUACCUGCAUUGAACAAAUCUGUGAAAUCGUUUACACUGAAACGUAUGGUGGGCCAAUAAUUAUAUAUUGCUCACAGUUGUUAUAGACAGAAGUUAUAUUUUUUUAACAAAAGCUCAUCUUCACAUUAAUUCGUAUCUGCAACGGUGUUUAUUUGUCUACACAGUUACAAUAUGAUCCAUUUCAGCGGGUAUUCCACUCUAAUGAGAAGUGUACUCACUCACUUAAAUCAGAGUGUAUUAACUUUUUUCAAAAAAAAAUAUAUAUUUUUUUUAUUUCCAUCAACCCGUUUACGAGACAUUGCACUUUUAAGUUUAAGUAGGGGCAUCAUUUGUAUGGUGGCACAGAGUACGGCUUUUUAAUAUUGCUCCACUAGUGUAUCCACUUAAAUGGAUCACCUUAUUUAUAUAGUAUAAAUAAAUGUAUUUGUAAAGAAGAAUAAAAAAAUUUUUAUAAUUUUGAUCGAGCACCCCCCCUCCCCCUAUUUUAUUUGUCUAUAUAAGAAAAUAGUUUUGAUGAAAUUUGCUGACAACAACUCUAUUAGACGAAAUCUCUAAUAUUUUAAAGAUUUUUGAAGUUUACAAGAAACUUUGUCAAGAAAUUUUUUUAAUAAAUAUAUGUUUCUUUUUUGGUUGAUCUUCGUAUAUAAAAUAAGGGCUUUCCUAAUGCUAUAUUAUGUAUGAAAAAUUUAGAUUUUUUUUCAUGCGACUAGAGUAUAAUAAAUUACAAAAUGAAACCUAAUUCUUUAAAAGAACAUAUUAAAAUAUUUAAUAUACUAGGUUAAUUGUAUAGGUAUAUAUCGUCACGACACGCGAAUUCAACACGCAAAUAUUCGGACUAGUAAUCGAGUUUACAUUAAAAAGCCUUUACAUUAAAAUAAAAAUCGAAAAAAAUAUUUUCCCGCGUCAUUAUAACAACAAAAUUCGAUGAUGUGUACCUACGCUACACAGACCACGAGGGUUCGUUUGACCUGUUGCUAAUUAAUAUGCGUUUUUUUUAUUGAACAAAAAAAAUAAUAAUAUUCUAAUCCACUUGACCUAUAUAAUGGGGUUAUCGUUGUAGUUAUUAUUAUUUAUUUUUUUUUCAGUAACUUUGACGUAUACGGUAACGCUUAUAAUAAUUUAGAGUUCGGCAAUAGGAGGAGGGAUAUCGAAUUCGAAAAAAGGAAAUUUGUAAUACUUCUAUGUGAUGAAAAUCGUGUGAUUGUGUCUUCACGUCGAAAUAAAUCCGAAUUUCGACAUUUUACGAUUACAUUUCUAUAUGUAAAUAAAUGAUUGAUACAAAAAAAAAAAUAGAGGAGGGGUAAUAUAUAAAUAUAUCUCAAUAAUCUUCGCCUUCGCCUUUACAAAUACCAUUUGACGUUCGUAACCCCGCGAAUAAAAUAUACGCUACAGAAAUCGACAUGUGUAGAUAAACUGCAGAACAAAAAAUCCGUUUUUCCAUCAUUCGGGUCGUAUAUACAACUGAAUUAUACGUAAGCACGACGAAAUAGCUGGUGCGGUGACGCGAUUUAUACGGAGACGUGGGAACAGCCACAAGUGCUCAUACCAUUGUAUACACUCUUCAUUCUCCUCUCUGCCCCGACCGAAAACGUCGUCGGUAUAAAUAAAAACAUAAAUACAAUAUUUAUACAAAUCGUCAUUGUCGGGUUUACCGCGACCGCGGUAAUGCGGUUAUACGAUUUACUUCUGCGGUCGACCAGUGUAUAAAGUAAAUAUACCGAGCCCGAAAGAUGAUGACUUCGCGGAUAGUGCAUACAUGAAAGAGAUUCUGUUAUUUUUUUUUUCAUAUACGAUUUCACUUUCUCCUUUUUGGACCUGCGGUCUUAUAAUACGGGCGUGCUAGUUCGCAUUGAGAUUUUCGACAAAUUCGAACAGACGAAAUUCACUAAGUAUUUUAAAUACGACAAAAGGAGAAAGCCGUGAGCUGUUUAUGACAAUAGCAACCCCCAACCCUUCCUCAUUAUUUCGAAAAAACUAAGCUCUAAAAAGUAAAACAUAAAAUAUCUUUUCUAAAUCUGUUACCGUGCAAGUAUUGUAGAAAUCUGAUUCUUUGGGUUUUCGUAUACGUCAUAUGACGAGUGGGGUAGUUAAUUUGUUGAACAAAUUCUGUUGUAUAUUUUAAUUCUACUUCUAGGUAUAAUUAUAAAUCAUACGGUUGUUUUUUUUUUUUUUUGCGUUGGGAUUUCCACCCCUUAAAUAUUACAUAUGCUCCUUGUCCUCUUAGGCAAUUCGCAAAACACAAACAUUCUGAAGUCUCAUAAGAAAUAUUCACUAAUCACUUCACUAUACCCACUAGAUUUCGGAAUUCUAUAUCAUCUCUGAUUCUGAUCAAACGUACAUGAGAUUACUUGUAAAGUACAUACUAAAGGUACCUAUCAAUAAUCGUUCAACCAAACAAACGAAUUGGGCCAUAUGAGUUCAAUUUACUAGAGUUAGACAUAUAAAAAAAAAAAAAAAAAAAACAUUUGCGGCGAACACCAUGAUGAAUACCACUUCAUUUUAUUCGAAGUCAGUUAAAAACGAUUCAUAACAGUUCCCCGCGAGAGAGAAAUAUGCCGGCCACGUUUUUUGCGCAUUACAAUGCAAUUAGAUUUAAUACGAAAUUGCAUGGAAAAUAUAUUCGGUGUAUAAAUUCAGAGUGAUCUGGUUAUUAUUUAUGUAUGCAACGAAACGAUUCUUGCGUUGACGAAUUUUGGCGUACGACGACACCGUACCGUGGCUGUUACCAUCGCCCGUCGAUUUUGCCGGGUGACGAGGUGAACCUACACUACGAACACAAAUAGAAUUAUUAUUAUUAUUAUUAUACAAUCUGAAUAUUAAACGAAAAUGCACAUUUUUUUUUUUUCUUUCUUCCGAUUUUUAUACUGACUUGAAACAUCAAGAUUUUCGUUAUUACGAAUACACGAUCGUUUCGGCGGAUUAAACGUGUUCGAAAUUUGAAAAAAAAAAUAAUCCCGAUAUACCGACACAUAUUUUGUGUACUCAUGAUUGUUUCUCUCCGUGCCGCUGGUGUAUCUUCCUGAAACAGUAAAACGAAUGUUAUAAUUUCCAUUAUUCGGUAUUAUCUUAGUUCUGAUGUUUGGUCACGCAUAGCCUCUUUAAUUAUUGACAUGGAUAAUUUUUGCAGGAUGUACAAAAAAAAUGCUAUACCUACUCCGACCAAAUACAAUUUUUACAAAAUCUGUUUUCAAAAAAUUAAUUACUUUAAAAUAAUUUAAUUAUGCUUUAUAUUUUAUAACUCCAAAGGUCGUUUAAUUUUUGGUUUUAAUUUUUUUAGUACUUCAAAUUUUUCAAUGGCUCUAUAAUAUUUAAAUUGAGUUGCAAAAUGCUGUUCCACAAAUUUCAUGAGCAUUGAGUCGAGUCUUUCUUCUGUCAUAUUACUUCUUAGUUUUGAUUUCACAACAUUUAAUUUAAAAAAUUGUCAUUUACAGGAGCAACUUGUGAUUUGCAUGGUCACAAUAGUUAAAAACAUUUUAAACAUAUUUAGAAAACUAUCAUAUUUUGAUAAUUUAUGUAGCUAGGUAUGUACUAUUAUGUCAUGCCCUCGUGGGUCAUUUUUCAAGAUGACCAAGCGCUUUUACUAUCAUUGUCUACCAAUAUUAUUAAAAAGAACGCGAAGUAUUGCAGUCAAUUAGUACAAAAACAUGACGGUUAUGAUACUACGAUUCGACACGAAUUUUUUUUAAAGAUUUUCCUUCCCGUUACAGGGCAUGCUUGAAUCUUACACUCAAUAUAAUGAAAUAUGUGUAACUGACGAUUGCAACGCAUUUGUUAGGUCGUGAUAUGCGCCAUAUUUUCCCCCGUGGAUCGAUUUAUAAACAAAAUAUAAAUAUUUUAUAUUUAUUAUCUAUAGUAUUGUAUUUGAAUGAUAAUAUUGUAUCUUUUUAAUAAUAAUAAUAAUAGGUUUAUUACAUUAAAUUGUUACCUGAUAUAUGGUUUUUGUCAUUUUUCAGUUUCUGCUGGUGUUCGCGUCAGUCGCGUUGGCCGUUUCUAUGGUCGGCGCAACAUUGACGCCCAGAGCUCCGAACUUCCAAUACUUCGAAAGGUAUGUACCCGUACAAAUGUUCAUUAUAAUAAAAUAUUUGAUUACGGCGUCAAAAAUAUACAAACAGCGCUGCCAUAUCACCCCAGUGGCGGUAAUGUAUCUUUAAGGAAAACGGGUUAUGGUGGGAAAACAGUUGAUUUUUUGAAAACACUUAUCUCCAAAAAUCAUACUUGUAUGAAUGUUCUCAUAUACAUCAGAAGGGUGGUUUUAUCCCCUACUAAAUACAUAUACAUAAAUAUUAAAUAAAACCACGAUAAAAACUGACCUUCUCCAAUACUCGUAUAUUAUAAUAAUAUGAAAUUGCAGACAAAAUCAUUUCAUUUUAAGUUAAAAAAUAAUUAUAAUGUAUUUUUAAAUUUUAAAAGCACUUAUCACUUGGUAGUUUUUAGCGCGUUUCUUAACGUUAAAACUAUUAUCAGAUAUUGCUGAUAUGAAUGAUAAACACGAAUACACGAUAUUACGUGCAAUAAUUUGGAGUUUUGUGGUUAAUAUUUAUUUAAUAAAUAAGAAAACACAAACACGGUCAGGGGAGAAAGGGUUGAUUUCCGUUACCUCCUCUUCCCCCGAAUGUACUGUUACAUUUAACACCGACACUUGAGUAUAAUUUAUAUGUAUAGCGUGUACCUAUAUUAGUUAUGUUAGUUUUUUAAAAAGUGUACACUUUAGAGAUACGUAAAACACUACUCUCACCAGUCACACCAGUCACAUAAUCAAAUAAUUAUUAGAUGUCGAAUCUACACUAUAGUGUCAAAUGAAAAAAUGAAAAAAAAAGAGUGUACACUCUUCGUUAAAACAAACAAAGCUAUUAUUAAAAAAAUACACAUAUUAUAGAAGUCUAUGUUUUAAUAACACCCGUUUGUUUUUUUCUGCAGGCCUAAGUACAGGUACCCGUAUUACGAUGAACAAGGGCGCGGCCGACUCCUGUAUGGUUACGGGGGACCUGAACUUUACCAGUACAAGUCGUAUUCGCCUUUGGAGGGCAUUCACUGA